CUAGUUUUUGACGUCACAUGCCAGUACAGUUUGAAAAUGACUUUUGCGUCGCUGUCACUUGACAAAUAUGACAUUGACGUUUCUGUCACACCGAAAACGUCAUUGGUAUGUUUUGAUUUGGUUAUUUUAUAGUUUCCCUAUAAGAAAAAAAAACUAAUAAUAAAAGUAUGUUUUCUUAAUUAUCACCCACUAAAUAAAGAAUGAAAUACUUUAAGUAAAAGUAUAAACCUUCGCCCAUUCAACUAGUGCCCAAUUAAAACGAAAAAAAUGGGCAAUUCGGGUCUGAAACAACAUAUAGAGACAGCUCAGAAAACUGGCGUGCUAAAAGUGUCUCCGGGAAAGCUGAACCAGUUCCCUCCGGGAUUCAAACAGCUCGAGGGAUGUCUUAGAACCUUGGACCUUUCAGACAACAAGUUUGUGGUACUCCCACCCGAAAUCAGCAGAUUUAUGCAGCUAAAGCACCUAAAUCUCAGCAAAAAUAAACUGGCAAAGCUACCGGAUUCAAUUGGGGCCCUCACGAAACUAGAAUCGUUUAAUGCCAGCGAGAAUAUUUUAACUGGCUUGCCACGCACAUUUUCCAAUUUAAUCCAUUUAAAGCAAGUGAACUUAAGCGGGAAUAAAAUCAAAGAAUUCCCCUUGGUGUUUUGCGGUCUGAAACAUCUGGAUGUACUGGAUUUAUCAGAGAACUGUAUAAAUAUUAUCCCAAGUGAUGUGUCUGGAUUGUAUGUGACUGAACUAAACCUGAACCGUAAUGAAAUUUCAUCGGUUUCCUCAGAAAUUGCUUGCUGUCCCCGUUUGAAAAUUUUAAGGCUAGAAGAGAACUGUUUGACUUUGGCAGCAGUUCCUCCGAAGUUACUGUCUGACAGUAAAGUGGCCAAUUUAACAUUAGAAGGGAAUUUGUUUGAGAUAAAAGAGUUGGCUAACUUGGAAGGGUAUGAUGCUUAUAUGGAUAGAUUUACUGCGGUUAAAAAGAAGUUAUUUUAAAAUGUGUCAUAGGUUGUAAUAAGGUAAAACACCAACUUUCUGUGUUAUAAGACCAAAAAAAGAGUUCUUUUAAUAGGGUAAGUUCAUUCUUGGGUUAUGCUUUGCGGCAGCCUAUUCUCAGUUUAAAUGUAAACUAAGUCUUUAAUGCUUGGGUAUGCAAUUUAUAUAUAAAUGUAUUAUAAUGUUAAUCUAAAAAGCCUUAAUGAAGUCAAUUCAGUCACUUUUUAGGAUUUCCUAAAAAUUUAGAGUAACAAUCAAAAAUCAUAUCUUUUUAGGAGAUUCCGAGCUUAAGCACUAAGGUUUCUUUAUAUGUAACUGUUUAUCGAGGCUGUACAUCUUUCAUUUUGUAUAUUAACAUAAACCUUUCGAGAACUAUAUAAUAUAUUUUUAUGUCACAUUUUUCAGUACAUAACAUGUACUUCUAUUUUGUAAGUUUUAUGGAUUUACAAUGAUUGCUUUCAUCUGUAUAUAUCGCCACUAUAUAGAAUUUAUUUAUUUAUUGUAAUUUUAUGUAUAUCGGUUCAUUUUAUACAAUUUUAUUUGGAAACUUAUCGGUGUCAUAGUCUAGACAUGUGAAUAUGUAUUUCGAACGGGUUAGGAACAGUGUGUGUACUUUUUUUUGUUAAUAAACGUAUUGCAAUUUA